AUGAGUGGUGAAGGAAAAGAUGAGUGUUGCAUGUUAUUCCGGCGAUCUCGGGUGGUCCAAGCUUCUCCGCAGUUGCGGCCUUUUUUUCUGUUCUUCUUUCGCGACGGCGCAAACAUCCCACGCAUUUGCUUUCACCACACUAAAUACCUAUUUUGGAUCAUUUGUCCCUUCAUUUGUCACAUAUACACCCUAUUUCACGAAUCCGACAAACCUAUCACGAUGGCCCCAAGCGAAGAUACGUUGACCAAGGUAUCGACCGAAGCCGCGACCGAGUUUGUCCAGUCCUUCUACCCAGCCAUAAAUUCAAAUCGCGAAUCCAUCAGCUCCUACUACGCCCCGGCACCCUCACCAGUCCUGUUCAAUGGCAACCCUGUCGCUGACGGCGCCGCCGUGCAAGAAAUCUUUGUCCACCAAAUGCCCGCCGCUGUGUAUGAAGUGCAAUCCUAUGACUGUCAAAUCAUCAAUCCCGCAUACCCCACCACCACACCAGCCGGUCCAAAGCCUCAGUCGGAGAUGGGUGUGAAAGACAUGUCGAUUCUCGUUCUCGUCAGUGGCUAUGUGCGCUAUGGAGAGGAUCCAGAUAAACCUCAGCGUGGAUUUAGCGAGACCUUUGUUUUGGUGCCGAACCCAUCCUCGGAUAAGGCCCGGGGUCGCAAAGAGUGGCUCAUUCAAAGCCAGAAUUUCCGCCUUGUUGUAUGA